CAGAGGGGUGCUGUUACCCCUCACACAUGUCUCCCAGGUGUUGACUCCAGCAGAGUUUUCGAGCUUGGGAAUCUGUGUCUCCAUUCUUUGAACACACUCAAGAGCUGCGGUGCUCACGGUGGAUGAAGGUCCGUGAGGCGGGUGCACAGAAUGGCUGGGAGAAGGCUGUUGGGCCUGGGCGGGCAGCGCCAGCUCCUGGGGCUGCUGAUGGCCGUGGCCGCAGUCCACCUGGCCGCCUGCCCCUACACCAAGGUGGAGGAGAGCUUCAACCUGCAGGCUGUGCACGACCUGCUCUACCACCGGCUGGAUGUGGAGAAGUUUGACCACCUCGAGUUCCCCGGCGUGGUCCCCAGGACGUUCCUCGGGCCACUGCUGAUCGCUGCGCUCUCCAGCCCCGCGGUCUACGCGCUCUCGCUGUUGGAGAUGUCCAAGUUCUACUCUCAGCUUGUAGUCAGGGCUGUCGUGGGACUCGGCGUGAUUCUCGGACUCUGGAUGUUACAAAGAGAAGUGAGGCGGCAGUUUGGGGCCACGGUGGCCGCCCUGUUCUGCUGGGUGACGGCCUCGCAGUUCCACCUGAUGUUCUACUGCACACGGACGCUCCCCAACGUGCUGGCGCUGCCCGUGGUGCUGCUGGCCCUGGCGGCCUGGCUGCAGCAGAGGUGGACGCGCUUCAUCUGGCUCUCGGCCUUCGUCAUCCUGGUCUUCAGGGCCGAGCUAAGCCUGCUCCUGGGCCUAGCACUGCUGCUGCCGCUCUGCUGGCGGAAACUCUCCCUGACCCGGGCCCUGCGCUGUGCUGUGCCGGCCGGGAUCCUCUGCUUGGGACUGACGGUGGCUGUGGACUCCUAUUUCUGGCGCUACCUCGUGUGGCCAGAAGGGAAGGUGCUCUGGUAUAACACCGUCCUCAACAAGAGUUCCAACUGGGGCACCUCGCCACUGCUCUGGUACUUCUACUCGGCGCUCCCGCGUGGCCUGGGCUGCAGCCUGCUCUUCGUGCCACUGGGGGCGGCGGACAGGCGGGCCCUGGCGCUGCUGCUGCCCGCGCUGGGCUUCGUGGCCCUGUACUCGCUGCUGCCGCACAAGGAGCUGCGCUUCGUCAUCUACACCUUCCCACUGCUCAACGUUGUGGCUGCCAGGGGCUGUGCCCGCGUGCUGAACAGUUACAGGAAGUCCUGGCUGCAUAGAGUGGGGUCCCUCCUGGUGCUGGGGCACCUCGUGGUGAACGCCGCGUACUCGGCCACGGGCCUGUAUGUGUCCCACUUCAACUACCCCGGCGGCGUGGCGAUGCAGAGGCUGCACCAGCUGGUGCCCGCCCGUGCAGAUGUUGUCCUACACAUCGACGUGGCUGCUGCCCAGACAGGCGUGUCCCGCUUCCUGGAGGUCAACAGUGCCUGGAGGUACGAGAAGACGGAAGACCUGGAGCCAGGCUCGGAGCGCAUGCUGGCCUACACGCACCUGCUCAUGGAGGCCGCUCCCGGGCCCCUGGCGCUCUACCAGGACACGCACCGUGUCUUGGCCCAUGUCCCGGGCACCACCGGGCUGAGUGUGAACUUGAGCAGACUGCCUCCGUUCCAUGUGAACCUGCAGACCAAGCUUGUGCUUCUGGAGCGGCUCCGUGGGCCUCCCUGAGGGGGGAGUAGGCCCCCAGGGACGCAGGUGCCUGCCAGCUUCUGCCAGACGAGCCGGGAACCGACAGGACAGCAGCUGCCUAUCCCCGGCCGCGCCUGGAUCCCUGCGGCCAUGAGGGCACUGUGGGUACUGACACUGCCCGCCAUCCAGGCCACGGGCCUCGGCCUGAGGAGCUGCUCCAGGGCAGCAGGCGGUGGCCUCUUGGCGCCUGGCAGGGCCCCUGGGUGGUGGAAACCAGAAGGCCAGCGUGUGCUGGGCACAGCCCCACUGUGCCCAGUCCUGCAGGGCGGGGCCUUCCCUGUGCUCACGGGCACGCUGUCUCCAUUGCAGAAGAGAUCAUAGGAGAUAAACGUGUUCAGAAAGAAUGAG